AUGUCGAACGAAGAAAAUUGUAUUGUCUUGUCGGAUGACACGUCUGAGAGUUCAGAUGAUGGUGGUGUGACUGUCGAUACAUUGAUUAUACAACCACCUGACGCAAAAAAGAAGUCAUGCAGAAAAGAACCUUCAUCCUGUAAAUCCAACAUCAAUAUUAAAAAGGAUAAAAACAUCGAGAAUGUUGAAGAUGGCGAUCAUGCCACCAUAUUAAAUAUCCUGCUAGAAAAUCCAGAAGACUACGAACUUAAAGAGAAACCGUCGGGCAUACGGGUAAACAAAACGUUUACUUUAAAUGCCCAAGAUAUACCAAUAACAUCUGCAAAGGCGGAUGAUAAUGGCGCUUACAACUCGAAAGGUUCUGUCACGAAAUUCUAUACAUAUAACAAACAAGGUUCUCAGACUGCCCACAAGAAUGAGAAUGGUGUUUGGUAUAUAAACGUUAGAAACUCAAAAGGUUAUAUUAAAGAAACAGUACCCGAGAAAGAGGUAUUUGAACUGAAGCGUGAAUAUCACACCAGUAAAAAUAAUCCUGAUUUUUCCCGAACAAUUGUUACUGUUAGAGACAUGACUGAGAAAGAGCCCAAACCAUUCUAUUUUGUUAUGUAUAAGUGGUGUGAUGGAGUUGCUCGUGAAUUCAUUCUUCCUCGACAUGGAAACGCCGGUAAACCAACAAGUAGUCAGUACUUCAGAAAGGAUCCAAAACUUUUUAGAGAGGUGGACGGUAUGCUGAAGCAAGGUUUGUCAACUGCCCAGGUUUAUAGUGCAAUCGCCAGGAAGAAAGCCGACACUGUAAGUGAGACAGUAUCGAGUCCAAAACUGAUCGACAAUCGAAAGCUUUUGAUGAAGAAUGCAGAAUCCACUUCUGGUGGUAACAGCGAAAGUAUGAGCGAAGCAGAAGAGAUAAUAUCAUGCCUUCGGUCCAAUGAUCUACUGCAAAGCGUAACGUUCACCAAGGGAGAGUACGUAACAUUUAACUGCCUUCCAAACAUGCUCAAUGAUUUGCACCGAUUUUGUGUCAAUGGAGAGUCAAUCUUGCGAGUUGAUACCACUUUCGAACUUGUCGAGGGUCUUUGGCUCACAGAUACUACGUAUACAAAUGAAGCCCUGCUAGAUUCUAACGGCAAAAAUCCUGAGUUUCCUGGGCCAAGUUUUUGGCAUUUCCGAAAAACAAGAGAAUGCUAUCGCAGAUUCGCGGUCGAGAUGGUUGCUCAAAAGCCAGAGCUACUUGGCAUCAAGAAGAUUGGUCACGAUAUGGAUAAAGCUCUCUCCCAAGGCCUGUGUGAUGUUUUUCAAAACGCUAAAAAACUUUGGUGCACACAGCAUAUGCAGGACCGGGACAUUCGAAAGCUCAAGACUCUUUGCUGCAAUCAGCGAUCGCAGUCGAAAGUGAUGGCAGAUAUAUAUGGUACACAGGAUUCUAUUCUUAUCCAGAAUGGUUUGGCGGACGCUGAAGAUGAGUGCGACCUGGAUGCCAAACUUGAAAGCCUUGAGCCUGAAUGGGAACGUAUUGUGCCUGGGUUUUACCGGUGGUUCCAAAACAACAGAUGCAAGCAGUUUAAAGAAUGUCUGGUUCUCUCAGCUAGAGCGGAUUUGGGCAUAGAUGGGCGAUUUUUCACCAACGGCCUGGAGCUGAAGCAUAAGUUGCAAAAAAAGGUGAUGCGGGAGGAAGAUAUUCCCAAAGAAGUGGCAGCUGUUACCCUUCAAUUGCACAAGUGGGUGGAAGAGUUCUAUUUAGAAGAGGAGAGGGCAGUCAGAGGUUUAGGCAAGUAUCGUUUGGCACCAGGUUACGACCAUUUUCAAGUUGAUCCUGUGAAAUGGAACAGGUGGGGGCCGUCCAGACAAUCGCAGCAUCUGGAGUCACUAAGAAGCUUCUCGCCGUGUUCAUACGAUAAGUAUUCUAAGCCAAAAUCCGCUGGGCUUAAAGCAACGCCAAAUGCUCAGAAGAGAAGAGCACAAUUGCCUGAGCCAGAGCUGUUUGCAGAACGAGUAAAUGCUCCCCCCGUCAGCAAAAAGCUAGCUGUGUCACCAUUGCGCAUUUCCAAAGAUGGAAAUAAGUCUGAGUGGACGGUGCAAAAAAACACUGCUACAACUGCUCCGAAGAGUAACGUGCAAUUCAAUUCGCUGGACCCAGACCGAAUUUCGGGUAAUCAAUACGAGCUUGUUCAUCAUAAUGACACGAAACUGUGUCCCAAGCUGGUACAAAGGUGUGAACAAUGCCGUGUCUCGUUUCAUCAAGCUGAUAUCGUUCUGGUAAAGACAGUAGGUGUUCGUGAAAGAACGGAUAAAUCGGGCAAAAUGGUAAAAUACAUGGGUAAUGUGUAUUUGCAUUACUUAACCAAGUGUUUAAGAGAGUAUGAUCAACGCUUUAAUUUCUCCGCCAUUACGGUUCCCGCACGAACUCUCACGUUUCUUCCCGAGGGCAGUCGCGACAGGUUUAUUGAAAAAGGACUACAAGUAGAGGACAAGUGA